AUGUUAAACAAGCCUGUGCUGGUGGAAUCGCUGAUCGUGUUCACCAUCGUGCUGUGCGUGCACGCGGUGGUGUGGGACCGCUACUCCUGGUGCUCUGUAGCUCUUGCCAUCCAGGCUUUUUAUGUCCAGUUCAAAUGGGACCGGCUGCUGCAACUGGGGGGGGCCGUCUUCCAGUUCCGCACAGCAGCGAACAGCGGCCUCCUGCCAGCUAGCAUGGUCAUCCCCUUGUUGGGGAUAGCGAUGAAGGAGAGGUGCAAGGCUGCUGGCAUUGUGUACUUUGAACGUUUUGGCAUAGUCGUAGCUUCCACUGGCAUGUUGGUUGCUCUCUUUUUGUCUGUAAUAGCGGUUGGCAUCACAAAACCCGUGCCCUCCAACACUUGCAUACUCACUGGUGUUGCUGGCAGUAUAAUUAUCUAUACCAUGAAGCACUCUUUGACUGUUUCAGAAGUGAUAGAGGUCCUAGAGGUGCUGCUAAUUUUUGUCUACCUCAGCAUGAUCUUGCUUUACUUGUUGCCUCGAUGUUUUACCCCUGGAGAAGCAUUGCUAGUGCUUGGAGGUAUAAGUUUUGUUCUCAAUCAGCUCAUCAAACGCUCGCUGAAUGUCGUUGAGGGCAGAGGUGAGCCCAUAGACUUUUUCCUUCUGGUGGCAGUUAUCGGAGUUAUUCUUCUUGGGCUUUUCUUCACUGUUCUCUUCAUUUUCAUGGAUUCGGGUACGUGGAUCUCCUCCAUGUUUUUCCACAUGAUGACAGCAGUGCUAGGCUUAGGGGUCAUCAUGCCUUGGCUUUACCGACUGAUCCAGAAGAACCCUUUGUUCUGGCUACUCCAGUUUUUAUUUCAGACACAGACAAGAGUUUACCUUCUUGUAUAUUGGACCUUUUUGGCUGCUUCAGCGUGUGGCAUAGUUUUCUACCAGAACGCUAAGAGAUCAUCUGAAUCUAAAAAGCACCAGGCCUCAACUAUAACCAGGAAAUAUUUCCAUUUCAUUGUUGUAGCUACUUAUGUUCCCGGACUGAUUUACGACCACCAGCUUCUCUAUGUUGCUGCAGUCCUGUGUCUGGCAGUGUUCAUAUUCCUAGAAUAUAUCCGGUACUUCAGGAUCAAACCAUUUGGCCAAACUCUUCGGCAUUUGCUGUCUCUCUUCUUGGAUGAGAGAGACAGCGGGCCUCUAAUCUUGACUCAUAUUUAUCUUCUUCUUGGCAUGUCCCUCCCAGUGUGGUUGUUUCCUAGAUCUUGUGCUCCUAAAGGCAGCUUGUCUGGGGCAGGAGCAUUGGUCCCCUACGCCGGGGUGCUAGCAGUAGGGGUAGGAGACACCAUUGCCUCUGUUUUUGGCAGUACCAUGGGAGAAAUCAAAUGGCCAGGAACAAAGAAGACCUUUGAAGGGACAAUGACAGCUAUUUUUGCUCAGAUCAUUGCUGUGGCUCUUAUUCUGAUCUUUGACAGCAAUGUGAAUCUGAACUCUAGCUAUGCCUGGAUUCUGGCGUCUGUGAGCUUAGUUUCCCUUUUGGAAGCUUAUACUACCCAAAUCGAUAAUCUGCUGUUGCCUCUCUACCUCCAGAUAAUGUUUAUGGCUUAGAAGCACUUCCAGGAACAGAGAUUUCUCCAUUUCUAGAGGAAAGUGGAAAUAGAAUAUGCACUACAGUGAGAGACGAAAGCCAAUCUAAACAUUGCUUUUGGUACAGCAGAUAAAAUUGUUAAAAACAAAUGGAAAAUGGCUAUUUAAUAAAAGUUUUGUUCUUUUUUUUUCCUAGUUUAAAACAGCAUGAGUUGCUCUUUGUCCUCACAAGAACCCAACCAUGACUGAUAAAUUGGAUUAUUAAAUAAAAAUGCUAUUUUUAAGUCUCUUGGGGGUGCCCAGAGGCAGAGGGAGUAGAGAAAGAAGAGGUAAGUUAAUUACAGAAGAGAUCGUGCCUCCUCUGUACUGCAUCACAGCCUAAACUUGUCAUACUGUACCGAAUGCUGUCAUCUUGUAUUACUGCAUAUGUGAAGUCACUCCUGUAUAAGCACUGUUUAAGCAUGUUUUGUGAGGGUCGCCACUCUCUACCCAGAACCAAUGUGACUGUCCUGAUGUAUCCAGUCACCAUCAACUGAGCCCUAUUAAUGCACUGCAAUGCAUGAACACAACUUCAGAUACAAUAGUUGCAGAGCUAACUUCAUCGGGGGGGGGGGCGUGUUGAGAAUUUGAGACUUAAUUCCAAGCAAUGAUAACAAGAGGGUUACAGUUUCAGGCCUGGAUGUUUCCACAACAAGAAAAAUGUUUCUCAAGAUUUUAAUCUCUAUUAAAUAUUAUUCCAAAUAAUUUAGAGUGAAGAAAAACUAAGCAAGCUCACAAGAAAAAAAAACUAGUUGCGCGCUAACUGUGAAUGCAGGAAGGCUGUUGAAGUCAAUAAACAUCUUUUACACUA